AUGCGCUUCUCGGCAGUUGGCGUAUCCUCAACACUUCUCUUUGCGUCUGCAGUUACGGCGUUCCGCGACUCGUCUCCGCUCCUAGUCUGGUCCUCUGAACCAAACUAUGGACUCGACGAGGCGCGAGCGGAACUCACGUCUGGCGUGAUCGGGGCGGAUGUCAUGUUCGAGUCCCUCGAGACUAUCGGGUGUGACUGGGACAUGGUCGUGGUCGCACACAUGGACGACCUUCACCAGGCCCAGAUCAAGAAGAUCUCGCUUCCCUUGGACUCAUCCAAGGCCGAUCUCCAUGUCCCCUACCUCAUCCGGCCAACGCGCGAGGGCCUCGACACCAGUGUGCAGUCAUGGGCGGAGAAGUGCGGUGCGAAGCUGGUUGACGACUUGGCCAACGCCGAAAAGGGACAGCGGACCCUCGUCUACCUCAACGUCGAGCAUGGCAAGGACGUUGUCCUCCCGAGCGACCUGCCAGCACGCCACCUCGUCGUGCUGACCGGCACGCGCGACCUGAGCAAGAAUGACGCUAAGCGCCAAGGGGUGGUCGAGGAGCCCUUCGAGUCGGUCAAGGUGCCGGAGGUCGUUUCGUCUCUUCCGUCGGUGGCGCCCGAGUCCGAGGCGUCCACGGCCGCCAAGAAUAAGACGGACCCCGACGCGCCCCGGCACAACACGUACCUCACUACUCCUCUCAUCACAGCCCUCCUCAUCACCUUCCUCAUCUUCGUCCCUGUCAUCGCCAUUAGCGUCAGCGCGCUUGCGUCCGUUCAGGUCCCGCCUCGGAUGCUUGAGAUUUCUAAGGCUCUUGCGGUCGACAAGACCCGUAAGGACCAGUAG